AUGCCAAAUCCCCACACUUGUCCUUAUUGUGGCCGUAACUUCAAGCGGCCAGAGCACCUGCGGCGGCAUUGUCGGACCCAUACCAAAGAGAAGCCAUUCGUAUGCUCCUGCGGAGCUGCAUUCACACGAACGGACUUGCUGCGUAGGCAUGAGAAACUCGCGCAUUUAAACCCUGCCGAGCCCAGUGACACGCACCGUGGUGCACUAUCUACAGCCACAAUACCCGGAACAGUUCAUUCACGAACCGCACAAGAGAAUGAAGAAGUUACAGAGCGAAUGGUGCCGAAUAUAGAUGCAAUGGGAGUCUCUGAAGCUGUAUUUCAAGGUCCAACUUUUACUGACUCCGUGACUAAUUACGAAAACUUCUUCGGAGGCUUCGGAUUCCCGUUGGAUUUUAUCGGCUCUCCGUUUUCUCUCAAUAUGGAUUGCGACUUACCAACAGGUGCAGAAGUUGAAUCAUUAGCGCCUGGCAAUUUUGGCAGAGAUAGCCAAAGCACUGCCGGACCGCUGCCUUUUAGCAGAGAUUUACAUCCACAUGGUAUUGUUCAAGCACAAAAAGCUUCAAUCCCAAAAAGCAACUAUGCGUCCAUCAGUGGCUAUAAAAUGGCUUCUCUCGAGAUGACUGUGGAUGAUUUGAAGAUUCUUGAAGAGGGCCUCCGCCCCUUUCAAACUCUUCUCGAUGACUUUACUCUUCCAUCGCUACGUACCCUCAUAAGGCAUAUAGAUGUCUGGAGAACUUCAUUAGCCUCUCAUUUUCCAGUCAUACACUUCCCUACCUUCCAAGUAGGGCACUGCAUCCCUGAACUCAUUCUAGCAAUGGCGGCACUCGGUGCAGUGGGGACAAUGGAAGAAAACCUUUCAAAGAAGCUAUAUCGAGCAGCCAGAUCCGUCGCCUUGCAGAGACUGAAAGUAAACAACUUGGAGUUGGAGUUUGCAACCAUACCAAUUUCGGAUACAAUUAACCGAAUUCUGAACAUGCAGUCAACCCAGACCUUGUUAUUUCUCCUCGUAUAUUCCAGCUGGGCUCGUGAUGCCUCUAUUGUUGCUGAAGGAUUCGAGUUACACUCACCUUUGGUACAGUGUAUACGAGCCAGCGGACUUGUGGAGCACGACAGCCCUACCGAGCAAAAUUGGAUUGGAUGCUCAGCGCUUUCCGAAUGGGUUAAGAUCUGGCAGCGCGCAUCGGGCCAAGAUUUGCAUCCAAGCAGCGAACACGGACCCAUUCCUUUUACCUCAGUUGCUUUCCUCACCCUUGCCUAUGUCCGAACGCAUCUAGACACGGGUCCAAGCAUGUGGUUGGCAACACGCGAUCCGAUAACUGUGGCUACGGCGUUGUUCUCGGUUGCCCCUCCGCGACGCCAUUCGAAUCUUACAAGCGCUUUGUUAUACACAGUUCACGCACUAAGCCUGCCGGUAGCCUUUGGCAUUGACCAUGUGGCCAAGAGUCAGUCAAUUCUGUGGUGCUGUCAACAUGCAGCAUGCGCCCUGGAGAGUGCAGUUUUUCUUUGCAAGUGGCUAGAGGAUAUUGCUACUUGCCAAAUGACAAAGACCUUAGAAUCCUAUGAACGUCAUGUGAUAUCGUCUGUUGAAUCUGUCAUCAAAGAAGCCCUUGCUUCUGCAGACUGGGGUGACACAGAUACAUCAUCCUGGUGUCAAGAUCCUCGCCAAAUGAGUGUAGCCGUGUUGAAAAUCUGGUCAAAGGUAUUCAGCGAAGAGUCCUCAUGGGCGAUCACAGUGCACGUUGGCGAAUGUCUACUUGAAUACGCAAAGAUUUAUGAGAACUCUAUUCAGUGA